UGUCACCGAGUUUGGACAGGUGCGGAAAGCCUAAAGUGUUUAACAAAAAGUCUGACCGCCCGUUCGCGGUGAUUCAAUAACCUCCCGCUUACUCUCCUGAAGGAUUUAAAGGAACAGUUUGGCGGACAUUUCUGCUGUGUGUUUACGGUCAACUACCAUGGGCAUCCUUGAGGAGUGUCCCACGCCCACACCCGUCUCCGUGGCUCUGGACAUGUGUCUUAAGCGCCAGAGCGACGGAGCCGCCCAAUCCUCGCCCGCCCACCGCCACAGCCCGCCCACGCCCCGCCCACACCCAGACGCCGAAGAGGACCUCGAUGUCGACGUUGUGGAUACCGACUCCGAGAUCGAAGUCGGGAAGGGCGAGGAGGAGGCGUGUGAGGAGGAGGAGGAGGAGGGCGGCAAUGUGGGCGGCGGUGGCGAGGGCGAUGGCGGCGAGGGCGGCGGCGGCGAGGGCGGUAGCGAAGCCGGAGGUCCCUCCAAGAGGAAGCAGCGCCGCUACCGCACCACCUUCACCUCCUACCAGCUGGAGGAGCUGGAGAAGGUGUUCGCGCGCACACACUACCCCGACGUCUUCACCAGAGAAGAAUUGGCAAUGAAAAUUGGACUUACAGAAGCUCGUAUUCAGGUGUGGUUCCAGAACCGUCGCGCCAAGUGGAGGAAACAAGAGAAGGUCGGCCCGUCGACCCACCCAUACGGCGCCUUCCCGCCCUCGACGCCCAUGCCGCUGCAGAACCCCGCCCUCCCGCCCACCAUCUCCAGCCCUUUUGCCGGCCUCGGCUACCCGCCCACGGCCAAGCACCUCGACCCGGCCGCCAUGUUCCACGGGGGUAGAGUGCCGCCGCCGCCAGGCGCUUACCUGCCGCCAACCUCCGUGGCGGCCGCCGCCGCCGCUGCCGCCGCUUCUCAGCAUCUCCUGCCGCCGGGCUCACACUACAUGCACCCUUCUCUGGCCGUCCUGCGCGACCUGCAGUACAGGCCGCCUGCGCUGGCCCCGCACCUGCUGCCCUACACCCCAUCCUUCACCUCCGUCCUGGCUCAAUUAUCGCAGCGCUCGAAGCUGGAAGCUUCUCCCUAUCUGGCCAGCCUGCAGCCUUACCUUCCCACCCUAGCCGGCCUCCAAUCCCACGCCUCCUCUCUCUCCCAAUCCGGAUUGGUUCCUCCCUUACCUUACUCUCCUCCCUUGACGGGGCCGCAGGGGCUGCAGGCGCACCCUCUCGCGCCCCUCCCUCUGCGCCGGGACGACGCAGAGCGCAGACAGGCCUCCCUCCAGGACCUGCGCUUGAAGGCGCGCGACCAAGAGGUGAAACUGGAGCUGAUGCGCAAGGCUGGAGAGAUCACGGCGUGAAGAGGCACAUGGCGUGUUUCCUCGAGUUCUGAGAGUGAUAUCACGUGACUCUAGAGUGGGGGGGGGGGGGAGCUGCUUAAUAAUGGCGCAGCUGGCUGUGAAUGCAGCCGCUAAUUGGACCAGCUGGUCAUUGCUGCAGUGGUCCACUAUACGGCGCAGCUGAAGCCCUUGAAGCAAUAAACCUAACCUGGCCGAACAUGUCGGACGCUGACACAAUAACACAUCGUUACCCAAUAGCAGUUCAACACAAAAGUAAUCCGAUCCAAAUUAGUUGUAGCAAAGUGGGGGACAAGGGGGGGAGGGUGUUAAACCAUCCGGUCAAAAGUGGUGAUUGAUAAAGAUUAAGCCACCCAAGAGGUGGCACGGGCAUGAAUAGCCCGUAAGGUCAAAAGUGCCUCGCCAGGACAUAUAUAUGGCCAGAACUCAGGUGUAAACACGUGCCUCUAGAGAGUGUGUGAAUAUUAGUGUAUGACUCAUAGUAUAGCGUAUGCUGAGUAUUAGUCUAUAAUAUAUAAUUUAAUAGUACUUAAGCAAUAUAUAUAUAUAUAUAUAUAUAUAUAUAUAUA